GGGACUGUAGCAUAUUCUUUUUUGUCAUCUCAAAACAACAUGCUGCUUGGAUUUUUUCUGCUGUUCUUCUUCUGUGAGAGCACAGUCACAUUCCUGACUACAAAAUGGCCUAUUUACGUUACUUCCCUGAACACACCUAGAACUACAAUGACAGAAAUGCUAUCUCCGCUGCUGGCGGUGGCCACACCAGACUACCCUGUUGCAGCAGGUCAAACAGUCAACCUGCACUGCAGUGCUUUCUCCAUGCCGCCACUUGUCAAUUGGUCCUGGCAACACCUAGAAAAUAUGGCCUGGCGACAGGUGGGCAGCGAGAUGGACCUCACCCUCACAGAGCCAAAGCAAAGUGGGCUGUACCGCUGCUGUGCUAAGACCUUGUUAAAUCAGGGUGUGAGCCAUAACCUCUCAGUCUAUAUCGUCGCCAUGCAGCCAACAGUGGGUGAGAAUUUAGGAAUAGCUGCCAUCGUCCUUUCUUUCCUGGCCUUGAUCAUCACCCUCACUAUUCUGAUUUGGUUGGGCUUGCAAAGAGUUGGUGGCACAAUGACCAUCUCUAACACUGCAGCUAAAGGUUUUCCAGGACCUGAAAAGGCACCAAAGGGAGAUUUCCCACAGACAGAAAGCGAUGGAGAUGUGUACAUGAAUUACACAAGCACCAACCAAGCCUACACUAAUCUGGACCCAACCAAUAUGACUGGGGAUAAUGUCUACUCAAGUCUGUCAUGAACAGCCAAGGGAAGGUGGAGACGUGCAAUAAAAAGAGGAAGAAUGACAGAACAUUUUGUUCAGCAGCAGAUUACAGUUCGUUAAUAUCUUGCAUGUACAGCUCAGCGUCAUGUUUAACCUGACAGACACGGUUUACCAUAUGCUGUGAAGUUUUUCAGUGUGCGCAUUACCUCGAAGUGUAUGCUUUGUUUGAUUUUAAUCUAACCUCACAAUCAACAUUCACCAUCUGAAUGUGGUAAAAAAAAAAAAAGACACACACAUCUGUAGUUCUAGGUAUGUGGAAAUGUUCCCACCAAACAGUAACCCUCCCCUUUCUCUUUAUACUGACUAAUAAAACCUGUAAUGUCUACAAAGAUGAAUACAUGCCUCCCUGUUUGUUGAUAAGUCAGGAACUGACUUUGAUUUACUUUAAUUAUCACAAUACAGCAAAUUAAAUCCACAAGUAAAAGUUUAAUUACAAGAUUAUGUGAUAUGAUCCCAGCAUAUUUUCCUUUUGAAAGAUCAAAGUAACACUGCAGACAACAAGAUAACCAAAGCUGUUCCACAGAAUUAAAAAAAAAAAACAUAUCUCUGUUUUG